AUGGCCGGGAGUAGUAGGCUGCAGGGUGACUCAGAGCCGCGCAGUGGUGUGACGGGGAUCAUGAAGAUGCUACCAGCCAGCGAAUGGCGGCCCGCUGUCACUGGCGGGCCACCGCGUCAUUGGUCAGCUGCCGCAGCCGAAGAUCGGGCUUUGCAGGAGUCAUGCCUGGUCCUGGGCCUGCACAACUCAGCGCUGUAA